AAGAGUUAGAGUCUGACUUUCUCCCUAUAUUGUUCUGUUAACAGACUAACUGACUUUUCGUCAAAUUUGCAUUUAAUUUUUAAGAAUGCUUUAAAAAAAGAAACGAUUUUUUUCGGUAUAUUUUAAAUCGAAGAUACAAGCAUCGUUUCUAUCUAAUUAUCGGGUGUCUAAUAUAUCAUGUCAAGGAUACUAGUAAAGGAAGUAGUUCGGGGGCUCGGUGCAGUUUAUUCUAAUGCAUACAGACCCAAUCUACCAUCUCAUAAAAGACUUGUAGCUUCAUAUGAGCCAAGUCAAGCCGUUUUACGGAAGUCAACAAGUCGAUUGAUGCAAGUUGGAUAUACGCCAGACAAAGCGAAGGCAUUUACAAACUUAAUGCAAAGGAUUACUGCGGAAGCACUUACGGAGUUGGAGAAAAACAUAGGGUUGAAGGCGAAGCAAGAUUCUGUGUCAUUCCAGCAGAAAAAGACAUUUAUCCAAAUCCGAAAUUAUCUAGAGACGAUUGAAGAACAGGAAUUCGAUAAAAUUAGACAAAGCUCACAGUCACUCGUUCAGGAAGUUGAAAAAAUGAAAUCGUCUGUUCGAGACGAUGUCAAGUCAUCGCUUGCAGAAGUUCGAUUAGCACUUAACUUGGAGAAAGGACGUAUGAAAGAUGCGGGACUUCGAAAGAACAACUCUGUUCAAGAUACCGAGGAAAAGAUCAUCAAGGAAGUAGAACUUCUAGCUGAUGAAAUUAAGAGCAUGAAGAUCCAAACGAACCAAUGGUUUAUGGGGUUCCUCGGAAUUCUUUCAUCUGUCUUGAUCUUUAUUUUAUUUUACUUUUAGUUAAAAGAACUUCACGACUAGCGCACUAAUGAGAUUUAUUGAUGUACUCUAAUA